AUGGGACCGACUGUAACUGUUAAAAGGUUACGUUUCAUGAAUGCUCCUGUUACUGGAUGCCAGUGUCACUACCAAGCAACAACUAUCGAACAGACAGCAAACAUUCUAACGCAUGGGGUGUGGAUAAUACCAGCUAUUUAUGCCCUCUUAAAAAUGCUAACAUUAAGUACUACUCAGAACCAAUAUUGGAUUGCAUGGUGCAUGAUAUCGCGGUUCUUGCAUUUCUGGGACCGAUCGACGAUAUUUACUUUUAUAGCAUCAUGCUUCAUGCCCUGGUUUGUAUUAACUGAAACCUUGAGUAAUACAUAUGUGAUGAAGUGGUUGGUUUGCAUUUGGCUUAUGGCCAUGCUUGGAAUUACGUUUACGUACUUAUUUUUAGAUAGAUACAAGCUGCUUGAGACAUUACUGUACGUAAUUCUUGGAGUUGUCCCUUCCAUUCCUAUUUUGUAUGCAAAUCAAAAUUCAGGCGCUUGGGAACUUACUGCUGGUGGAGGUAUUUAUGUAAUGGGAAUUCUGUUUUUUAAAUGCGAUGGUCGGAUACCCUUUGCUCAUGCAAUUUGGCAUACCUUCGUAGCUUGUGGUGCCUUAAUUCACUACUCCGCCGUCAUCAGAUAUAAAUAUUAA